AUGCUACUUCACAUUAUCUGUAUACACUUAAUCACAGGGGCAUGGUCUUCAGACAAUGACGGAUGGGUACUGGUGUUUAAAGGGGUGACUGGCGGAUCAACAAGUAUUUACGAUUUAUUUCUGGGCAAUACAACGUUCAACAGUUAUGUGGUGGAAGCGCAAAUCCUUAACAAUACAUUCAGAGACCAUUACAAGUCGGACAUCAUCAAUUACUGGGACGACAUGAACAUAACAAAGGUGAAAGUCGGUGUUUACGUCGGUCACAAACAGAAGGCAUUCCUUGAAUUUGAUGCGCAAGGUUGCGAUAAAUCAACCUGGUUUGACAGAACCAAGCUCAUCAAUUCUUCCUACACUGAUCUGUUGGAACCAAGCACACCUAUAAACUACUUCUCAAUGGCAGGUCAUGUCAAUGAAGCCGGACCCAAUCACCAUAUCCGAAGAUUUUUCAUCAAUUCUUUGUAUGGAGGUUGCUCCAACGACUAUGGUUGGUUAAUCGUGUAUGAUGGUGGUAGUGUCGGAAUUUGUGAGUGGGAGAAAGACCAUAAUCACGAAACGCCAGCCGUUCUCUACAGCCCAAAGACUACAGUUUCGCACUUCAAAGAAGACCGGGCACAUAUAAAGGCAGACUUCAUGACCAUAUCUGUACAAUUUGGGUCAAACUCUCGAUUGACACCUUGCCUUUUGCCUGAAUCAAAAUUCUGUUGUCGGGAUAACUCCAACGUCACCGAGGAGGAGAAAACUACCCAGGGACCCGACAUAACCACCACUACUGCACAGACUAUCACAAAUACGUCAGCGAUAGAAGUCUCAACAUUUCCUACCAUUGAUAUAGACACGCUCCAUAAUAAGGUCGCGGAAAUAAAGAAGGACCUCGCAGUAGUGAAAAAGAAAACUUCUGCCUACGUGCGAUCGAAGAGCAGCGCAUAUGAUGGUCGGGAAAGCUCACAGAACAUCGGUAUCUUCGGAGUGGUGAUUCUGACGACAGUAACAUUAUUGAUAGUGAUCCCAGACAUGAUGGUAAUGUUUCGAGCGGUGUACAACAAGUGUUAA